AUGAAAGGUGGGCCUGAGAUUGCUGUGAUAUCCCUUUGCAUCAAAGAAGAGCAUUGGACAGGCUAUCUUGAACUCUAUUUUCAGAGAGAGGUUGCAGAUUUGGCAAGAUUAAAUCAUGAGAACACAGGAAAAUUAAUAGGCUAUUGUAGAGAGAGCAGUCCUUUUACAAGGAUGCUGGUGUUUGAUUAUGCAUCAAAUGGGACAUUGUAUGAGCACCUCCACUAUGGAGAAGGAUGCCAAUUAUCCUGGACACGUCGAAUGAAAAUUGUUUUAGGCAUUGCCAGGGGUCUAAGAUAUCUUCACUCUGAGUUUGAGCCUCCUUUUACGAUAUCUGACUUGAAUUCGAGUGCUGUAUACCUUACAGAAGAUUUUUCUCCAAAGCUAGUUGAUUUCGAAAGUUGGAAAACAAUUCUUUCAAGACCAGAACAGAACUCUGGCGCUAUCAGCAAUGAAGGUGCUCUUUGUAUUCUUGCAAAUUCUCUACAGGGACGUCAUCUAGAUGUCCAAGAGAACAUUUAUGCUUUCGGUGUACUUCUUCUGGAAAUAAUCAGCGGGAGACCUCGAUACUGCAAGGACAAAGGGUGCUUGGUAGAUUGGGCUAAGGAAUAUCUUGAACUGCCAGAAGUAAUGUCUUAUGUUGUGGAUCCUGAGUUGAAACAUUUUAAAUACGAUGAGCUCAAAGUGAUAUGUGAGGCAGUAACACUCUGCAUUUAUCCGAGUCCUAAUAACCGAGUAUCCAUGGAGGAGUUGUGCACCAUGCUGGAGAGCAGAAUUGACACAUCUGUUUCUGCUGAGCUCAAGGCAUCAUCUUUGGCAUGGGCCGAGCUUGCUCUUUCAUUGUGACCAAGUCAAAGCUAACACACCAUAAAUCAGAAAUA